AUGUCAAUGAAGCCAAAGCCGUCAAAAAAUGAUGGUAAGACACUUUGGUGCUUUGUAUAUGGAGAUGUUCUCACAUCCAUCUUUCCAGUCGACGUUGAUUAUACUAACAACACAAUUACCAUCGCACAUCUAAAAGAGAACAUCAUGGAAAAAAUAAACGUUCCCGGUAAUACAAAAACGAAAGAUAUUACAUGGAAAGUAAAUAUUCCGUACGAUGAUAACACUGAGCAUGUAGAUAUUAUACUUCGAAACAAUGAA